UUGGGCUAUUCUCUCACUCCACACUCCCUCCAUUUCUCUCCCUCUCUCCCUUUCUCUCACUCACUCGGACUUGCUCCCCUCUCAUCAGACCACCUGCUCAACCUCCAGCAUCUUCAGAGUAACUCUGCAAGCUCACAGCAUCUCUUUCUUCUUCAUCUUCUGCACAGUUCUGCUUCUCCUCAGAUACUCUCAGUCUGAGUCAGGAGGUGUGUGUGCGUGUCUAUAUGUGUGUGGGACUUUGGAUGAGAGAGCAUGGACCUGGCUUGGCUGGCAGCGGCUGUUUUUGUCUUGCUGUGGCAGUCUGUGGAAUGCUCAAGAGCUGUCAAAGAAUGGACAUAUGCAGAAGCUGUGGGUCAGUCUGAAUGGGCAGAGUUUUUCCCAGAUUGUGGAGGGUUUAGUCAGUCACCCAUAGAUGUGGACACUUCCCGAACACUGUACGACCCGUCUCUCGCCCCAGUACAGCCACUGGGCUACGGCCAGUAUGGCCAUGAACCCUUCACCCUCUCCAACAGUGGUCACACAGUGGAAAUGCCGUUGCCAAGUUGGAUGGGAGUGGCUGGGUUGCCAUGGCAGUAUAGUGCAGUUCAGCUCCACCUACACUGGGGGAACGGAAUAGGCGUGGCUACAGGGAGUGAGCACACCAUUGAUGGACAGAGUGCUUCUGCAGAGCUUCACGUGGUCCACUACAAUUCAGAACUGUACGCCAACAUAUCUCAAGCUAAAACUGAAAGAAAUGGCCUGGCUGUGCUGGGAGUGCUCCUGGAGGCAGGCAGUGAGACCAACCAGGCAUAUGCUCAUAUAUUAAACUACUUGGGUCGUAUCAGGUAUGCAGGUCAGAAAGUGGCCAUCCCCGCUUUUGAUGUGCAAACGUUGCUGCCCAAAGACCUGAGCCACUAUUUCAGAUAUAACGGAUCACUGACCACUCCUCCCUGCUACCAGAGCGUGCUGUGGACCAUAUUCUCAGAGAAAGUCAAAAUUUCACACUCUCAGUUGUUAAAGUUAGAGACAGUGUUAUACUCUAGUAAAUCUACUGAACCGGAGCCCAGGCUGAUGCAGGAUAAUUACCGUGUAACUCAGACACUCAACCACCGGCUUGUCCUGUCAUCCUUCUUCCCUGUUUCAGUAAAAAUCUACACAGAUGGUGAAAUCUCAGCCAUUGUGAUUGGCUCGCUCUGUGGAUGCAUCGGCCUGGCAGUGAUCGUGUGGUUUGUGGUGAAAACAAUUCGCUCUACAUCGAGCUGGGACGUCCUGCCUAGUGUCCGACCACCACCCCAGUCCAGAACUAAUGACGUGGCAAAGAACCUUAAACCGGACAUGGCCCUGAAGACGGCCUCUGACCCUGAAAAAAAGGAGGAAGCCGCACCUCAGCCCGAGCCUUGACCUUUUAUGUGUGAAUCUACUGAUCUAUUUCAUCUUUAAAUUUGAAUGUGGCCCUUUUACACACUGCCCCCUCUAUCUUUCAGCACAAACAUCUUCCUAACUUUCCCUCCAGCCUUUUUCCUCCUUUCUGCCUUUUCACUCUCACAUCCAUCACAGCUCUGUGUGCCUCCCCUUGACGUGUUAUAAUGCUGAUGUUUUCUUUUCCAAUAUGAGAUUCCCUCGUUUGUUGAAAUGUCUGUCAGAGUUAGAGACAGGACAGAUCUAUGUGUGUUGAAAGUGAACAAAACUGAAUUGAAUGUACAUAUGAUAUUUGUCUUGCAGAAAUAAAUGAAAGCUAUGUUUAA